GUGAAGUUUUCAGUUUACUUUAAUGAAGACAAAUGCGAAGUUCAAUGCACGUGUGCCUUGUUUGAGAUGAGGGGGAUUAUCUGUAGGCAUGCAUUUAAAGUCUGUCAGAUGAAAUACAUUCAUGUGCUGCCAGAGAAAUAUGUGUUGGAUCGAUGGAGGAAAGACUUAAAGAGAAGAUACACACUGGUUAAGAGUAGCUAUGAUGAUGUACGGGUCAAUGCGGAUGCACGACGCUAUGAGCUUGUCAUACAAAGAUGUCUAAGAUUUGCGACGCGUGUAUCUCGAAAUGAUGAGCAUGUGAAUGCAUUCUUUCAUAUGUUGGAUGACUUUGAGCAUAAGUAUGUAGGAUUAGAGCUUGAGUCCGGUUCAACAAAGUUAAAAGAGAACGUGGUUGCCGAUAAAGAUAAGAAAAUAUUAAGCCCUCACGUUGUUCGGGGGAAAGGGAGACCGCCAACUAGAAGAAAGGUCCCGAUGGUCGAGAAGGCUACAAGGAAGAGAAAGAAAAAACAGACAUACAGGAAUCUAUUUGACGAUACAUCACACAAUGUUGACCUCCCGGUGUCAGAAGUUGGUGCUACUGUUGAGGAGGUUGUUAUCCAAACCCAGUAUAGUACUCUAACACAAGUAAGGCUUCCGGCCAAUGAUGAGGCUACGUCAAGCUUGCCCCAUGGAACUUAGCAUAGAUAUUGUCCCUGAGUUUUGUAUUUAUAUUUUGGAGAUCUCAGCCUUUUGUGAACUAUGGUGGAAGAUAAAGAUAGAGAUUGGGCAUUUUGUCUGAAAGCAAAUCUGGUGGAAGCACUCUGAAUGAUUUUGAGGCUGGAGAUCCUUAGUUCUACUC